UAUCAGUUGCCUGCUAAGGAGUAAGAGCUUGAAAGAACAUGACCCAACCCCACCUGUGGUUCUUGGUCGUCUUUCUGUUUGUGGGGUCAAGAGCCUCCAGAGAGAAAAAUGAUUCAAUAAUGGUGACAGGGAUUCUGGGAGAGUCUGCUAUUCUGCCCAUAGAAAUACCAACUGGAAAGAAACUUGAUAACAUUAACUGGUUUUCCCAUACAUCCGUUGCCCUUGUACAACCAGAAGCAACAUCAGUCAAGAUUAUUACAACCCAUCAAAAUUAUAGGGGACGACUGAAUGUCCCAAACAACACUUACAACUUAGAGAUUAGUCCCCUGAAGAUGGAAGAUGCUGGAAAUUACAAAGCUGACAUCAAUCUUCAGGACCUUAAAACUGCCACUACCAGCACCAACACCAAGAACUAUAUCCUGCAUGUCUACAGACGACUGGCACCACCAACAAUUUCCCAGAGUGCCAUAGCCUCUGAGAACAAGACCUGUAACAUCACUUUGACAUGCUUAGUGGAGGAGGGAGGAGACGAUGUGAAGUACCAGUGGACUCCUCUGGGAGAACAAGCUGUUGAGUCCAGUGGAAGAUCUAUGCUUUUCAUCUUCCAAAGACCUGGGGAUGUUCCCAUAAAUUACACCUGCACAGUCACAAACCCUGUCAGCAACAAUUCUGAAUCCAUACUUAUUCAACAUCCCUGUGAAGGAUGGAUUGGCGAGGAAAGUGAUUGGAAGGAGGGCGACGAUUUUAAAAGCUCUUACAAAUAUUCAGGAAGGUCAAAGUCCUCUCAUCUACUCUGGUUUAUAUUGCUGCCUUUCCUGGUAAUGAUUGCUCUUGGGAUAUGGCUACAACACAAGAGAAAAAAAGAUGCUGAUUCAUCCUCCACUUCUCAGGUCCCAACUAAGGACCCUUUUCCACAUGUAGAUAACCGAGUCUAUGAUGAAAUCAUGCCCAAGGCAACUGUCCCCAAUCCUCAGAAGGAAGAAUCCCCAAAUACAAUUUAUUACACAGUGCAGAAACCCACAAAGGUGGAAAAUCCAAACUCAUCUUCUACCAAACUUCUUGGGACCUCUACCAAUGAGUUUGUAAUCUAGAUGAAAGAGAAGCUAAUUUUCUUCCCAAGAGUGGACAUUUGAUGGCAAGAAGAAAGAAGUAUUGGUGCGGCUUUCCCUGGUCAAUGAGUCAAACUCAUGAAAAGAAAGGGGAAAGUAUUUUAUUAGCCCACCACGGCAGCAAGCAGUUAGAGUGCAGCCAGCCCCAUUUAAAAUGGAGCUGGUUUUUAUAGAUUGGAGUAAACAACUUCCAUAUUAGGGCAAAAGUAUAGUGAUUGGUGGUGUAGCACCAUAAAUAGAUCUAUAUCGUUCCUCUGUCUUCAAAUCAUCUUAAUCUGAGCUGCCUGUAAUUUAGGAGUAGGCCUUGAGAGUAGUGCCUUACAGUAGACACUGUAAACAUAAGCAACAUACAAUCCCCAUGACAAAACAGCAGAAGAGAACCACAAACAGAUAUUUCAAGCAUGAGAGAUUGGGGAGCCAAGAAGUUAACCACUGCCAUGGAGACCAGUGUUCUUUCCUAUCCUAGUGGAACUCAUUUCAGGCCUUUUGUAUUGUAUGUACAAUACGAAAGUCCAGAUGCACAUGUUAGGAGAGUUAUCAGGAACCUGUGUGUAAUACUGCUGCCCUGCUUCUGCCAGGAGUUAAUCCAGAGCUGGUCUGUUCUGUAAGGCCAUGUCUCCAAGGUCAUAGACCUCUGGCCUAAGUUCUUCCAUAGCAUCUAUGGAUUCAUUAACACAAAUCUCUAAAACUUCAUUCAUUCUACUGAAGAGUGCUAAACUUUGUCUGACCCUAUAUGUGGGCAAUAGAAUGGAAAAGGCACUUUCAAAUGUUCCCACUAAAGGGGGAAACGUGGCAGAGACUUGACUGGCUUCAUGUUUGUUCUACAAAUGGGUUCUAAGAGGCAGGGUAAGUGCUUGGAGACCAAAAAGAACUCUUCCCAUUCCUCAUUGUCUCUGCAAUUUGGGGGGGAAGAUAAUAAUAAGGUUUGUUGUGACACAAGAAAUAAAGUCCUUGUAGGGCUAUGCUAAAAAAAUCAACUUGUGUUUGCCUGGCCUCCUAACUUAAGGCAUUCUCAGAAGACCAUUCCAUUCCCUAAGUCACAUUCUGUUUCAGGGAUAGGUAUACUUGCAUCCUAUUUGAUACCCUAUUUCCUUGCCCUUGUGUCCAGUUUUGUUCAUAGCACAGUACCAACAGUCUAGUAACAUAGCUCAAGCUCAAAGAAGGACAGAAUUGUGAAAUGUUAGCAAUCUUAUUCCAACUAAAGGUAAAUGAGUGAGAGAAAUCAUUUUUCCAGCCUAUAGCAGCACAAUUUAACAUUUUCUUUAAGUUUACCUUAAUGAUUGCAAAAGUAUAGUCAUUCAAGUCCUGGCCAUCUGACCCCAAGGGCACAAAUCAGGGCAUAAAGUGAAAAAAAAAUAACCAGAUACAUGGUAGAUUGUAGAGGAAGUAUUAGACCCUAAUUAUCAGUCAAACAGGCAACCAAGGACCAAUGAUUGCUAUUGAGGUUGCUUCCAAGUUUAGCUGGGUCCAGAGACUGAUCAGAGGUUGCUUCUUCUGUUCAGCUGAGAUCAAUCACAGCAGGUUUCACAUGGGACUGAUGUAUACAGGUUAUCCACAUGGCAGUAUGUUUGGUCAGCAGGAUCUGAAAAGGCCUUUUCAAGAGGGCUAGAGACUAAAUGUCUUCCUGAAGUUACAGAUCCACAC